CCUCCUUAAAUCCUCAAUCAUUGAACCUCUUUCUCUCACUAAAUAUUUUCUCCCCCUCUUUCUCUCUCUCUCUACAAUUCUAUAUUCCCCACUACAAUUAUUUUUUGGUAUAUAGUUGAGUGCACAUUUGUGGUGGAGAAACAAAAAAACAAUCUCUUUGUUUCUUGUUACAAAGUUUCUGUUUCUUCAAACCUAUCUUUCCUUUCAUACAAACAAAAAAUACCAAACUUUGUGUUGUUAUUGAAAAGAGAUUCAACAAAGCUAUAAAGGGUCUUUUUCUUAGAGGCUAAAGUUUUGUUUUUUUGAAAUGGUUUUCAUGUCUGAGAUUUUGUGCAUAAAAGAAGAAAAGAUUGAAGAAGAAGGUGAGUGGGAGAAAGAACGAUAAGAAAGAGAAGUUUACAUAACCCAAUAAGCAGAAGUAGAGAAAGAUUAUUAUUCCAAAUUUGGUUUUGUUUUCAUCUGCUUCUGCUGGUUGGUUGAAAAUGUCUGCGACAAUGAUAAGUGAUCCAAUGAUGAUAACAGCUUCAGCACCAGAAACUCAAUCAGCAGCUAGUAGCAAUCUAGUUGUUGCACAGAAUGAAGUUGAAUUUGCAAUAUGUGAAUGCUGUGGCCUAACGGAAGAGUGCACGCCAGCAUACAUAGAACGAAUCAGAGAAAGAUAUCAAGGAAAAUGGGUUUGUGGAUUGUGCGGUGAAGCUGUUAAAGAUGAAAUUGUGAGGUCAGAGAGGCUUGUAAGCACAGAAGAAGCAAUGGCAACACAUAUGAACUUUUGCAAGAAAUUCAAUACUUCAGGUCCUCCUCCAAAUCCUGCCGUUCAUUUGAUUUCAGCUAUGAGACAGAUUCUUAGGAGGAGUUUGGUUAGGUCCACACCAAAUAGUCCGGUUAAUAAGAGUAGUCGAGAAAUUCAUGUCUCUGGACUCGCUAGGUCGGAAAGCUGCUUCUCUACUCUAUCCGGUUCCUAAAGGACUCGCACAGAGACAGACACUGAAUAUAGACAUUGACACAGACAUGUUUGAUACUGGUAAAUAAUUGAGAAAAUCGAACGUUGAAUGUAAAUCAUAUGUGUCAGUAUCGUGUCAGUGUCAUGUCAAGGUUGAAGACAGGACAUGUUUUCAAUCAGAAGUGUCUCUGCUACAUAGUUGAAAAUAGAAGAAAAUGCAACAAAGGGAAAAGUUGAAAAGAAAUAAAAACAGAAAUCUUUAGAUUCAAGUUAGAGUCUCUUCAUUGUAGUUAUGCAUUACAUUUACAUAACUUUCAAGCUGUUGUUAGAAGUUUGAUUUGAACACAAUUUGCUCAAUUUUUUUGCUUCUCUA